AUGCAUAAAAAUUAUAUAUCUGGUAGACGACACAAUUAUGAACGAACUCACCAUUUUCUGGAAAUGGAAUGUGGUUGCGGUUGUUCGAUUAAGAUGCCCAAAAAAGAAUUUGCUGAAUUGCGAGAAGAUUUUCAAGCUCUUAAUAAGCCCGAACAAGACAUUUUCUUAAUGGCCCAACUCAGAUCUAUGGAUGAAGGAGCAAUCAAUACUAGUCGACAUCUCAAAAACAAAUUCGAGUCAAUAAGAGGACUAUCUACUGAUGCCCAUAUUUGUCGCAAUUAUUAUGAAAAUAUCAGAAAUCAUUUGCUCAAGAAUGGUCUUCUAUCGCGAGUCCACGCUGUCAAGGAUUUUUUGCUAAAUUAUACCGAAGUUCAUAGCUUAUCCAGCACAAUAAGAAAUGUUAAUCGCGUAACUCAAUCAAUUAUUUUCGUACCAGCGGAAAUGAGCUAUGAAUCUGUUCACCGUGACUUUUUGAUCGGUGUAGAAAAAGAUAAUAAUUUGCGCGCCUCAAAUUGA